AUGAAGCGGUUCGUCAUCCUGCUGAGCGUCGUCUGCGCCGUCAGAGGUCUCCUCGGAGGCGGCCACCGCGGUGGCGUGGGCGGCUCCGGCGGAGGUCUGCUCGGCGGGUCAGGAGGGUUCGGCGGCGGCUCUUCGCUGGGUGGAACGGGAGCCACCAGCCAUCAGUUCGGAGGCUUCGGAAUACCCGGCACGGCCACGGGAUCUGCCGGCGGCAACGUCGUCUCGGGUGAAACGACAGGCCCGGGUGGCGUAACUUCAGUCACCAGCACGAGUGCCAAGGCGGAGGGCUCCGCCUUCGGCGGCGGCAGCAGCUUCAACGUGGGGAAGGCCAGCAGUGCCAAGGGCAGUGGCAUCCUGGGGCAGUUCUCGACCUCCGACACUGGAGCUGUCUCCGUUCAGAGCGGUGGGGGAGGAUACUACUAA